AUGCCGUCCAACUCAAAGCGCCCUGCACCGUCGCCCGCAACCGAAUCCAAACAUAAACCAGCUACAAUCACUUCUAAAUAUUCUGCCCCAAGAUCGUCACCUCCAGCGGCUAACAGCAACAGCUCUGCUGUUGAUGAUACGAUGCAAACGAGACCAUCCCAGGAUACUGCAGCAAACCGCAACGUUGCAAACCUCGUUGCUACAACAACCACAACCGCCACAACCACCACCGUCACUGGCGUAAACAGGAAAAAGCAGAAGAGACGGCAGAAACAGGCUGCACGAUUAGCUGCUGAACAACACCUUAAAGAUGGAAGUCAAUCCCCAGGUGCCGCAAGCCAGAAUGGUUACACCCGUAACACACACUGGGAUGAUCCCGAUGACCACCUCCCUUUAAAGGAAUAUUCCUCUUCCCGUCCAAAUCAAAACUACUUUGACUCGCAUCUAGACGAUCCAAACCACUAUGACCCCGCAGAAGGCGACGAUCUCUAUUCAACUGAUGACGAGGGUCAUAUUUACGCGCAACCCCACAGCCAAUCCCAUUCAGAUAAAUUCAACAUGGUUCAGCAUUCUGAUCUAAGUAUGAACAAAUCCAAGAAGAAGAAAGGGAAAAGGCAUCGAUCGACAUCCCACUUAGCCGACGGGAGCUCCACGUCACUGCCAACACCAUCCGCGUCCGCGGCCCGGCCUGCCCAACCACCUCCGCUAUCUAACGCUGCGCUUCGAUCCGCGCAUAAGAUAUCUAAAGAUAGGAUAUGGAACACGUCGACCCAGGAAGAGCGGGAGAAUAUAAAGGAGUUUUGGCUUCAGUUGGGCGAAGAGGAGCGGAGGUCGCUAGUGAAAGUCGAAAAGGAGGCUGUUUUGCGGAAGAUGAAGGAGCAGCAGAAGCAUUCGUGCAGCUGCACUGUUUGUGGGAGGAAACGUACAGCCAUUGAAGAAGAGUUGGAGGUCCUGUACGAUGCAUAUUACGAAGAGCUCGAGCAGUACGCGAACCACAGCCAAAAUUCUUUUGAAAAUGGUGGCCCAAUCGUCCCUCCCAGGCUAUAUCAGCCCCCGCUCCGCCCACUAGAGAGGCAUUCCCACCUGUCAAAUAACAAAAAUCCGUCACGGGGGAGAGUCCAGGAAUUGCCUGACGACGAUGAGGAAUUGGACGAGGAUUAUGACGAAGAUGAUGAAGAAGACGAACCUUACAGCGAUGAUGAGCUUGAAGAGGCUGCUCGAAAUACCAGGGCCGAUUUCUUCGCGUUUGGAAACAGUCUGACAGUUAAAGAUGGUAUCCUCACUGUGGCGGAUGACUUGCUUAAAAACGACGGGAAACAUUUCAUUGAUAUGAUGGAACAGCUAGCUGAACGGCGGAUGCAACGUGAGGAAGACACACAGUAUGCCGCAGCUUCUGCUGCACAUCAAUCCCUACAUGCUGGCCACAACCACGCACCCCCGCUCGACGAAGAAGAUUAUGAUGAUGAGGAAGAAGAUGAUUACGAUAGUCAGGAUGAUGAGGAAUACGAGGAGGAUGAGAUGGAUGCGAUGACCGAAGAGCAACGUAUGGAGGAAGGAAGACGAAUGUUUCAAAUAUUUGCUGCUCGAAUGUUUGAACAGCGUGUUCUAACCGCAUAUCGAGAAAAGGUCGCCCACGAACGGCAAAUGAAGCUUAUUGAGGAGUUAGAAGAAGAAAAUAGGCUUGAUGUGCAACGGGAGGCAAAGAAAGCUAGGGAAGCUCAGAAGAGAAAGGAUAAGAAGAGACAGCAGAAACAGGCAAAGGAAGAGGAAAAGGCAAGAAAGGAGGCUGAGAAGGCCGCUGAAGCUGCUGCUGCGAAAGCUCUCGAGGAGAAAAAGCUGGAAGAGCAACGGCGAAAGAAAGAGGAGCAGAGAAAGAAGAGAGAGGCGGAGAAAAAGGCCCAGGAAGAGGAACGUCUCCGAAAGGAAGCUGAAAAGCAGAAACGUCUUCAGGAGGAACGUGAACGCCAGGCUGAGUUAGAACGGAAGCAGCGAGAGCAAAAGGAACGGGAGAAGAGGAAACGGGAGGAAGCAAAGAAGAAAGAGCGGGAAGAGCGGGAAGCAAAAGAACGCGAACUUCGAGAGAAGAAGAUGAAGGAGGAAAAGGAACGCAAGGCUCGGGAAGAACAAGCCAAGCGUGAGAAAGAGGCUGCGCUCAAGGCUGAACGUGAGGCAAGGGAGAAAGAGCGGGUUAAACGCGAAGAACAAGCUGCCCAGGCUGCUCAGGCCGCAACCACUCAAGCUGCCAAACGGAUGUCCCAAACAGGGCCAACGCAUCUCCCUCCGGGACUUCAGCAUCCACAGGGCCCUUCAGGGCUGCAGUCGCCACAUUUCCAGGUUGCGACACCAGUCGUACCGAAAGCUCCAACUCCUGUUCGUCCACGUCAAGCAUCUCAACAAGGAUCCCAUGCCUCUUCUCCUAGAUCUCAACCCGCCGGGACUGAUACUUCCCAGUCCAUUUCUCCUGGAAAUGCUAGUGCACCGCACUCAUCAGGCGGCUCAAGUUCGGUUUCAACAAAGUCCCAUGUCCCGACCCCGAUGCUCCAUCACCCUCAACCGUCUGCUCCCAUGUCACCGUUGGGCGGAGUAGGUCGUAGCCCGCAUUCUAUGGGGUUCAGCUCAAUGCCUGCAUUAAAUGGAAUACCAUCCAACAUCGCCGGAUUGCCAGGAAUUACGUCCCGUCUUCCCUUGGGCCAUGAAAUUCCAAUGUAUCCAAACCAACAAGCUCCCCUGGGUGCGCAGUUCAGAGGCUUUCCAUCUCCAGAUGGCAUACCAAUGGCUCCAGGAAUAAAUGGUGCGAGACCGAUGAUCCCUGGUCGCGGGUUUCCUCUAGAAACUGGCCACGGGUUGCCAUUCCCUCCAACAGGACCUGGGCCGAUCUCCUCUCCGCAGCAACCUCAGAUACCUCGGGAAACAGGACGAGGUCAGACACACUCAAGACAAGCAUCAGCAUCCUUCGAGAGAAAUCCACUAGAAGCUCAACCCCAGAAUCAGCCCAUAUCUCGACCCGCUCCGAUUCAGCGCCCCUCGAGUACUGCCCCUCAUGAUACCCCACGAGACCAAUUGAAACCGGGAGAGUCAGAGAUUGACAAUUUGAGCGCACAGCUUGGCAGCAGUGCGCUUCUUGAUGAUACCGAUGUGCCUUUAACCUCCAGCCUGUCUCAACCUAUCCCCACAGGCGGUCUUUCCAGUGCUCCAGGAGCCGGGAGGAUGGGAUUUGGAACGUCUCCAUUAUUUUCAGAACCCCUUGGAGCCAAGCACCCGAAUUUACCCCUUGGCGCUGCAGGCUCAGGGAAUACUUGGGGACCACAAGUGCCUUUUGGGGCUCCCGGAUUCCCUGCAGCAUCCUCGUGGGGUUCGGUUCCGGCAACAGGAUCCGGGUGGUCAAAUAAUGCCUUCGGCAUCAUUGGAGGGACUCGCCCGCACACCUCGCGGCCAGUUACGAUUCGUUUAUUGGUAGCACAGGCUUGCAAGCAGCUCAACGCAACGAGUCCAACGAAAGGAAACUCUGGCUUCCACAAUGUGAACCAUGUCCUGCGACAAGUUGAGCAAUUGAAUCCUCCAACGGAGCCUCCAAUCACUCUCGACGAGCUGUUGGAUAUCUGCGACACAGAAGGCAACCCGCAAAACGGCGGGGGUUCAUUCGCGAUCAAAAACGAAGGACCCCGUGUUACAUUCGUUAAAUUUGAGCCUGAUAACAACAGCAUGUCAUCUGCUCCUAGGGGUAGUAUUGCUCCAGGGGAUAUCGGCAGUCCUAUCCCAAGCAGCACCAUUCUGGCGCUUGGCGGAAUUGGCACAGCAGGGGUCUCAAGACAAUUUCCCGCUACUUCAAAUAUGUCUCCUCCAACCGGAUUCUGA